GACUCUACGAGGUCACCUCUCCCCUUGGCGAUGGAGCCGCCUCCUCUUCCCCAAAACCUUCCCUCCCCUCACAAUGGCGCGGCCUCAUCUCCUCCCAAAACCUGCCUUUUUGCAUGUAGGCGAAAUUUCUUUCUACCAUAGAGAUAGAGGGUUACCCUUCUCCACCCCAACAUCUCCAAAUCCCCAUGAGGGCUCCCACCCAGCACUCAACAACCAUUGCGCGACUCUUCUCUACCCACCGGAACUCCCCCUCCCACGCUCCCAAAAUUCAAUCUUUCGGCUCCCCCGGAAGAUCCCCAUCCAUCAAAACCCUCGCUAGUGCCGGCCGCCUAAGGGACGCCGUCCGAUUGCUGAUCCUCCGCCGCCACCUCGGCCUUCCAGUCCACCCGGACUAUUUCGUUGCCAUUAUUAAGCCCUGUGCCUCUCCCGGGACACUGAUGGAGGGGAGGCAGCUCCAUGCCCACAUGGUCAUCUCUGGUUUCAAUCAGGAUCCCUUCAUCUGCAACCAUUUGAUCAAUAUGUACUGCAAAUGUGGUUCCUUGGACGAUGCCCACUGGGUUUUCAGAGGGGUGGGGAAGAAAAAGUCGCAUUCUUGGAACAUCCUGAUUGCUGGCUUUUGCAGAUUUGGAUUUUUAAGUGAAGCCCAGCAGUUGUUCGAUGAAAUGCCUAAAAGGGUUGCGGCUUCUUGGAAUACAAUGAUUUCAGGCUAUGAUCGGUGGGGUCCUUGUGAGGAGGCGUUGGAGAUUUUUGUCAGGAUGAGGCGUACAGAUUGUAAUGUGGAUCAUUUUGGUCUUUCAAGUGCGAUCAGUGCUUGUAGCAAUCUCAGAUUCUUGGGGAAUGGGAGAGGGCUACAUGCAUGUUCUGCAAAGAUCGGACUCGAUUCACAUGUACAGGUUGGUAGUGCCCUUAUUGGAUUGUAUGCGAAGUGUGUGGAAUUGAAGGAUGCUAGGAGUGUUUUUGAUGAGAUGGGUGCCAGGGAAUUGUUUACGUGGAAUUCUAUGCUCGCAGGUUAUGUUCAGUGCUCAAAAAUUGAUGAGGCACUUCUAUUCUUCAAGGAAAUGCCAGAGAGAGAUGUGGUUUCUUGGACUACAGUUGUUGCUGGUCUUGCUCAGCAUGAAAGGAAUGAGGAAGCAAUUGGAUUAUUUCAUAAAACACGGGAAGUUGGUUUGAUGCCGGAUCAGAUAUCUUUUGUUAGUGUUUUAAAUGCAUGUGUUGGGGUUUUGGAUUUUGAAGAAGGGUUUAAGAUUCAUGGACAGAUAAUGAAAAGUGGAUUUGGAACUGAUGUUAAUGUUGGAAGUGCCACUGCGGCAUUCUAUGCAAAAUGUGGGUGUAUGAAUGAUGCAAAAAGAGUCACAGAUGGUAUGCCUUUGGUUGAUGAUUUCUCAUGGAGUGUAUUAAUAGCUGAAUAUGCAAAGCAUGGACAAAUUGAUAGUGCCCAUGAAUUGUUUCAAAGUUUCGAAGUAAGGAGCAUUCCAUUGUGGAAUGCCCUGAUUGGGGGUUAUUCUGAACUUGGACUGCAUGAAAAGGCUUUCGAAACAUUCGAAGAGAUGCAGAUGGAUGGAAAAAGGGGCGAUGAGUUCACCUUUGGAAGCCUCCUUAUGGGUGUUGACCUUUUGGGCAUGAAAUAUGGUGAACAACUCCAUUCACAAAUAAUCAAGAUUGGCAUUGAUUUUUCUGUUUUUGUGGGUAGCGGUCUCAUUGACAUGUACAGCUCCUGUUUAGAGUGUGAAGCUGCUGUGAGAGUAUUUAAUUCGAUUCGGCAACCAAAUCUUGUGUCAUGGAAUUCCAUGAUCUCUGGGUAUGGUUUAAACAACUUGGACAAGGGGGCUAUACUUACAUUUCGUCUAAUGAUGGCUUUAGGUGUAAUACCAGAUAAUAUCACAUUGUCACUUGUUCUUGAUUCAUGCUCAAGUUUAUUGGCACUAUAUGAGGGAACACAGUUUCAUGCUUUAGCCCGUAAAUUGGGAUUUGAUUCAGAUGUUGUGGUUGGAAGUGCUUUAAUAGACAUGUACUCAAAGUGUGAGAACAUGGACUGUGCAGCUCAAGCAUUCAGUGACAUACAUGGGCAUACUGUUGUUAGCUGGACUUCACUGAUUGGUGGUUACAUAAGAUGUGGAAUGUGGGCUACAGCAAAGAAGCUUUUUGAAAUAAUGCCAGAGCGGAAUGUUGUUUCUUGGAAUACAAUGCUUUCAGGAUAUGCAAAAUAUGGCUUUGGAUUAGAGGCGCUAAAUCUCUAUCAUCAAAUGAAUAAAUCAGGUCUGCUGCCAGAUCAAGUAACUUUUUUUACGGUCCUAUCAGUUUGCAGCAACUUUUUGCUGGGAGAGAAUGGGAAACAGGUACAUGCCCAGAUAUUUAAAACUGGCUAUCAUAUGAAUGCACGUGUCAGCUCUGCCCUGACUGUGAUGUACCAGAAACUCGGAAAGCUUGCGGAUGGGGUGGAUUUGUGUUCUGGCUUCAUUGAUUUCAAGCAUGGGAACGUUUUGGAUAGAACAGAGCCUGAUGCUAUAUCAGGGAACAAUUGAACUUUUGGCAUGUUUCUGUUUCACUUGCUUUCAUUGGAUGAGAUUCUGCAGCAGCAGAAGGUAGCUCAUCUUGUUUUUUGUUUGAAUGAAGCACCUUCUGCAUCAGAUCACUUAGAGUGGACAUGCUGGUCCUCUUUAACAUACCAUUUGAACAUCUAAAUAUUGGCUCGGUCGAAAGAUUUACCCAGUCGUUUGAAGGGCAAACAGAUAGCCAAAGACGCUGAUGCAAGUUGUUGAUGAAGCAUGUGACUGCUAUGCAUCUGGAAGGCAAAGGCAAACUGCGGAUCUGAUUUGCUCGAGGCAGUUUCUUAAAGUGGCUUGUAGAGCAUUUCCUCUGGUGUUGCGUUCUCCAUUAAACAUCAAAUGAAGCUGUACGAGAUGGUACAGCAGCUGAACAUGUUCUUAUUGGAAGGGGAAUCUUGUUUGAUCUGAGCUAUCCAAACAUUUGUUAAGAGUUCAUAUGCAAAAAGAUUGGCAAAUUCAGUUAAAAGGAUCCUUGAAGGCUCCUGGUGUAUGUCCUGCAGAAGGACAAAAACAAUGAGAGCAUCAUUGUUGUGUAACAGUCUGCUGAGGAAAAAGGUGGAAGCUUAGAAAAAAAGAAACAAAAAUUUCCACAAGCUCCCUCAUCUCUCUCAUUUUACGAUGUCUGGAUAAAAUAUGCAUGUGCAACUACAGCUGUGGAUGUUUUUAUUGCUCCCGUUUAUUUGUUUUCUGGGAGAAAAUAACCACCUUAAUUACAAAUAAAUUUGAAGGAAAAAUAAGGUGUGUUCAUAACCUGUAUUUGAUUUAUAAAGAAAAUGUCAAUGUACAUGAGUACAAAAAUUGAAAUUUUAUUAAGUGGUUCGAAUAUUUGGUUGUGCCAUGAGUAACAGUAUGGCAUCAGGGGGACUGAUCUUCUAUAAUAGAUUAUCCUCUUAUUUUUC